AAGAAAGAGAUAGGCAGAGAUAGGGAGAGAAGGAGAGAAUUGUAUCUUAUCUGGCGAGGAGGCUAAUAACCAGCCACCGAAAAGAGAGGAGAUAUAUGUCGAGGCACGAUCGAUUUUUUGGUCAGUCGUUUGUUCGCCACGGAGGAUCGUACUUGGAUCAAAAGAAAAAAGAUCGUUUCCAGUGAUAUUGGUAUCGUUUCGUUGCAGAAGCCUCGAUUCUCCGAGUUGGAUUUGUCGUUGUGGAGUAGGUCAUCAAGGAUAGGUCAGAGAAGAGAUCGGUCGAUACGAUCAGAGAUUUGAUCGAAGAUACGAUCCACGGAAGUCGUAGGAAAAGGGAAGAGGGAUAUUUCCGUGAAGGGAUAGAGAACGAGAAUCCCUCGGUGGAAAUCAUCGUCGCAUUCGCACAGGCGAUAAAGACGGCGAUCAAAUACCACCGAGUGUUCACCAAUGAGCGUGGCGUACGGUGGUUGCACACGAGGACAAAACCGUGGAACACGCACGAGGAACAGACAGUGCUGCACUUUGGCGAUCGGGGUCCUCCAGAGUCCCGGAUUCUCUCCAACACCACCUGACCUCAUCACCUCCCGUGAGACUGACAACCUGCGCAACGUAAUCGUUAACCAUGGGACUCGACUUCUUGGCAGACGGAGGUGCCGAUUUCGAGCAUGCAAUCACCGUAACAGGAUUCGGGAAAUUUCAUUACAUGCUACUAGCAAUCUGCGGUUUAAUUUAUAUGGACACUGCCAUUGGGGUCACGAUACUUUCUUUCGUAUUGCCGGCAGCACAAUGCGAUUUAGAAAUGGAUUCCACUGCAAAAGGUUGGCUAACGGCAUCCCCAAUGCUGGGGAUGGUAGUUGGUUCUUAUAUAUGGGGAUGCCUGGCUGAUACUAAAGGGAGGAAAGUCGUUUUAAUCGCCACUUUAUUAAUGGACGGUGUCGUGGGCGUCAUUUCUUCCUUUGUCCAAUAUUUUUGGAUCUUCCUGGUGUUCCGUUUCUUUAACGGAUUCGCCGUUACGGGAGCUAUGGGAAUUUGUUUUCCGUAUUUAGGGGAGUUUCAGCCGACAAAGUAUCGCGAACGAUGUCUUUGUUGGAUGGAAAUGUUCUGGACAGUCGGAGUCAUAGUAUUACCAUUAAUCGCAUGGCUGAUCAUACCAAUGGACUUCAUGUACAUCUCUGACGCGUUUUAUUUUAAGUCAUGGAAUCUCUUCGUAGCGCUGUGCGCUCUACCUUCGAUAAUGUUGGGCCUAUGGCUCUUCGCAUUUCCGGAGAGUCCGAAGUUUCUCCUCGAAUGCGGCGAAACGGACGCCGCCCUCGAAGUAUUUAAGUGGAUUUAUUCACAGAACACCGGAGAACCUCCUGACUCAUACCCGGUAAAAUCAUUACAAGAAAAGACUAAAGACAAGAGCACAAGAUCAUUGAAGCUACACAAACGAAAGGACCUGAAGGUACUUUUGAAGGAAGUGCGAGACUUGACAACUGCUCUCUGCAAAUCACCAUACCUUAAAAACACAUUACUCGCCUGUGGUAUUCAAUUCGGUCUGACCAGUAGUUACUACACCCUCAUGGUUUGGUUCCCAGAAUUAUUCACCAGGUUCGAGCAAUUUGAACACGAAAAUCCUGGUAAGACCACAUCGGUUUGUAUAGUAUCGGCUUUGCCAAAUAAUGGAACGCUGGUUGACGCUUAUGGGUGCGACACCGUAAUAGCACCUUCUGUCUACCUUCACACGGUUUACAUUGGACUCGCUUGUAUUCCUGGUUCCAUCAUACUACCGAUUUUUGUUCAUAAGCUCGGUGCUAAGUUCUUUUUGAUUGUGUCACUAUUGGUCUCCGGUGCAGUAACGGUGGCCUUUUAUUACGUCGUCAAUGCGACGCAAAAUUUGAUAUUAUCCUGCGUGUUCGAAGCUUUGACGUCUCUUGGUAUCUCACUUGUCUAUUGCGUAAUCGUCGACAUGUUCCCGACGAAUCUCAGAGUAAUGGCUGCCGCUCUAUCUCUCACUAUGGGUCGACUAGGUGCGUUGGUCGGUAACUUAGUGUUCGGCUACCUGAUUGAUUUAGCUUGUGUGGUUCCUAUAAUUUUAUUCGCAGCGUUUUUAUUCAUAUGCGGAUUUAUGUCUUUCCUACUACCAAAGACAGGAAAAGAAACUCUCGACUAAUUAAAGAAUUCGUAUCCUGAAGAGAAUUAAGCUAGGAAAGUAUUUUUGAAAAUGGGAGGACAAGCGGCAUGUGCUGACAAAAAACGUUCUUUGUUAUGAGAAGUUCGAAUUAUAUUUUGACAAACAUUAGUACUGAUUAUCAUGAUAAUAAGUGAUCAAAGGAAAUACUUAACACUUCGAUUUCUACGGAUGUUUCGUUUUUUUAUAAGAUUACAAUGGAUUUUCAAAGGAAAAUUCAUACUUAUUUUUAACAGUGUGUAAAUUCGUGUAAAUAUGUAAUAUUUAUUUUUCGAACGUUUAACGUUCCAUUUAAGAUAAUUGGAUAUUAUAAUCAUAAAUUAAGUAGGAUAGUGUAUAAAUGCGGUUAAUUAUAUUCAAAAUGCGCGCCAGAAGAUGUUAAUGA